AUGCAGGCAUCACGCCACCGAGCACUCAGGACGGGCCAUGGAGGAGACCUCUCUGCCUCCAACCAUAAGUUUCAGACAGACCCUGUCUUCUCCAGGACAUCCACCUAUACACCUCCUUCCAGUGUGCCUGAGGAGAAGGCCAGGAGCAGGAAAUCAUUCUGGGAAGAAGCUGCUACGACGAUUGCCGGAGCAUGCAACUGCUUUGCUCCUCGCCAAUCUGAAAUUAGGGAGGGCCAUGUCAAACCCUCAGAAGAUGCUCCUGAUGUGUCCACUAGUUCCACAGUCUCAAGAAUUUCAUCAGUAAGCAGCACAAGCACUAGUCAAAACAAGUCAUGGCAAGACCAGUUCUCAUAUCAGGAAGUUUGCCUGGCUACUUCAAACUUCAGUGAACAGAACAAAAUUGGGAAAGGAAAUUUUGGCACUGUGUACAAGGCGAAGCUCAGGGAUGGAUCCAUGAUAGCUGUAAAGCGAGCUAAGAAGAAUAUGUUUGACAGGAACCUAGCGGCAGAGUUCAGGAGUGAAAUCCAGAUAUUGUCGAAGGUCGAACACUUAAACUUAGUGAAGUUUCUCGGGCAUCUGGAGCAUCAGGAUGAGCGCUUAAUUCUGGUUGAAUAUAUCAGCAACGGAACACUACGUGAGCACUUGGAUGGAUCAAGAGGGGAACCAUUGGCAUUUUCACAGCGUCUCAACAUUGCCAUCGACAUAGCUCAUGCUGUUGCCUACUUACAUGGAUACACAGACAACCCAAUCAUCCACCGUGAUAUCAAGCCGUCCAACAUUCUCCUGACAGACCAGCUGAGAGCAAAGGUGUCCGAUUUCGGCUUUGCGCGCCUAUCCCCGUACGACACCGAAGCAACCCACAUCUCAACAAUGGUGAAGGGCACGGUAGGGUAUGUCGACCCCGAAUACCUGAACACGAACCACCUCACUGAACGCAGCGACGUCUACUCCUUCGGCGUCCUCCUCGUCGAGCUCAUCACCGGCCGGCGACCCGUAGAGCGCAACCGCGGCCGCCAGCAACGCCUCAGCACCGAAUGGGCGCUGCGGAAGUGCAGGGAGGGUGACGUGGUGGUGGCGAUGGACCCUCGGAUGCGCAGGACCAGCGCGGCGGUCGCGGCCGUGGAGAGGAUGAUGGCGCUGGCGGCCGAGUGCGCGGCCCCGGAGCGCGCGGCGCGGCCGGCCAUGCGGCGGUGCGCCGAGGUGCUCUGGUCUGUCAGGCGCGACUUCCAGCACGAGCAGCAGCGCGCCGGGGGAGCGGGAGCAGGAACGAGGCGGCGAGAUGGCUCCACCGCCACGUACGGGUCGUCGUGUAUGGAACAGUAGGAAAGAUCGGGAUGUUUGCCACUUUGUCUACGCGGCUAUGAACAUGAUUUGGAUUUUUAUUUUUGGGUUUUAUCAGUUUAGCCAGCGUCACACUACUCAAUUUUGUCAUUAAAAAUUUCAACAACUAGAAAAUAUCAUCCCUCCGUGAA